AUGCCAUCUCACAAGAAACUGAUGACGAAGCUGAAGCAGAUAGCUCAGUGGAUAUUAGUCGUACAUAUGGUUGAAUUUUUAGAAGCCUAUUGCACACCCCGCGACACAGCGCGCAGAUCACCACAGCACAAGCGUCGCUCCCGCGAACCGCGUCGUUCUCCAGACUCCAGAUGGCGCUACGAUUCUCGCCGCCAAAACUUUGAUUUCGAGAAGAAAUCCUACGAAUACGAGUCGAGGAAGUACUUCGGCAGAGAAUACGACCCGGAUUCGGGUAGGCGCGCGUUUGACGCGGAAUCGGCGAGACGAAGGGCGGAUUACGAGUCAGCUAGGCGGACAGACUUCGAUUUAUCCGCUCCGGAAUCCAGGCGGAGUCCGGAGAGCGCGCCAGAGGGUUCCGCGGAGUCACCGCCAGAGCCUGCGCCCUCUGCUCCACUGAGGCAGGAGAGACCUUCCAGACAUCGAUCACAACCAUACUACGAGUCGGAAUCAUCAACGGACGACCGCUCGUCAUCGACUGAAGAGGAAGAGGACGAGUUUGGCGAAUUCGAUCCAUUUGCAACUGCACCGUCCUUACAUUCGCCCGACAGUGGACGCUCGGAUCCUCGAUACGCCAACGCUCCUCGCAGAAAUCCAAGCCCAUACUAUUACGGAGAUUUAUUCAAAACCACCCCACAGCCAUCUGUCCCAGUUGCAGCAACCUCAUCCACGUCGUCCUCAAGAGGUCCGCGAUACAGGAAAUCAGCGAGCCUUGACGCUCCCCACGUUGCUCAAAGACCGAAUCUGCCAAAACGCUUCUCAGUGGCUGAAGAUGGCUUUCGCGAGCUAGAGCGAUCGUCAUCUUCGUCUGGCGAGAGCGCGUGGAUGCCGCCGAGGCGUCGUGGGCGCGACGCGGCCGGCUGCGCGUGCGCCGCGCCCGACGAUGUAGACGAGCACCGUCCGUCACGUAGCGUAUUUUAUGUGCCAGCACCUUUGCCGCGCUGGCCUCAAGAGAUGACCACUCGACAGAUUUAUGAGACAGCCUUCGACUGCAAGAUUGCACGAUCCGAUGAUGACCUGGACGAUUUCGACAGAGUCAGCAACCAUCCGGCACUUUUACAGGCCGAGGAGCGAAAAGUCAUUUCAUCUGCUGCAUCCGCAUUUGAAGCUGUCGAACGCAGUGAACCAGAUUACAAAGGUCGCCGCAAAGUGACUAUGAAAACAGACAGUGUUCGAAGAUCUAAGAUACCGACGAUCCGUCAGAAGAGAGAAAACGAAAGUAAUGUUACUGUAUUAUCCGAAGAUUUAGAGAAAGUCCAUAUAGACGACGAAGAGCGCACCGCAUCGACAUCGCAACUUCCUUUGCGCGGAUAUACACCAUCACCACCAUCAACUGCGCCGUUACCAACAAAAUUUCAACAGAAAGAUGGAUCUGCAAUGAAUAGUAUAAAGAGUGCUCCUAAUUUGCCUCAGUCGCAGCCAGCGCAUCCCCGUUUAAAAGAUUUGAGGUUACCUGUGAAAUCGUUAAGGGCUCGUGACACUCCCACUAGUAGCGACGCUAGCAUGACAGAUGUUAAAGCAUCUGUGUCGACUGACUUAGAUCUAGGUCAAAGAUUGAGAGACUCAUCUCGCGAGUCUCGCGACGGUGAUGAUGAACGAGGACAGUCAAAAGACGGUAUUUUUUUAGAGAUUAAGGGUCGACCCACUUCCGAUUCAGACACGCCAGUGUUGAAUCGAUAUUCAGGGCCAAAGGGGGUCGGCCCUAUAAUGGAGUUUAAAGGCAGGCCAGCGAUAUCACGCCCUCGUCGGAAAUAUUCGAGCACUGAGAGUAUGGCUACAAGUAGCAGCGGUGGUAGCAUGGAAUCACUGAGAAGCAGUAACAGCGAAGGUGACAGGAGUAGCAGCAGUUCUGAAGGUCGACACUCUUCAUCUCUCAGUUCACACAGUUCGGAUUCUGGCAACGUUCCAUUUGCUAAAUCACACCACAUGCAAUUGACGGGGUUUGGGCAUCAUUCGGCUAAACUGCACAUUUUAAGCCCUAUAUCUGAUAAGUCGUCUCAAGAACCAGCAUCAGAGACAUCCGAUAAUAACAAAAACAACAAUUCACAAAAAGUUUCUCCCGAAGACGUCGAAACAGGAAACACUACGGUACAAACUACUGUGGAAAUAGUCGCCAAGCCCAAACGGAGGGCGCUACAGAAUAGGAAUUUAUUAAACCUUACAUUUAGACAUUCCACACCGGGCGAUACUGAAAUACAAGGUUCAGAUAGUGGUAUCUCAAUCCACUCUCGAGAGGGUGUUGAUUCGCGUAACGCGUUUAUAAACUUUAAGAACAGUAAUUCCGAAGAAGCUCGUAAGGACCAAGAUGUGGACCUAUCAGAUCUGCCAUUUGAUAUGCCGAAACUACGUAGACGACGGGCUGAAGCCGAAGUUGAUCUUCGUACCUUGCCAUUUGAUAUGCCAAAGUUGCGCCGAAAGUUACGCGGGCAGUCCCUGCAACUUAAUAGUGAUUUUGGUGAAGCCAUAUCCAAUGCUUCAUCGAGUCAAAGCGUGCAGGAUUUAAACCAAGACAAACAUCGUGAAAAGCUGACGUUGAAUUUUAAUAGCGGAAGCAGUGGUUCGAAGGGACUACAUUUGAAUUUGGGACCGAUUGCUCCACCCCGCGAUUUGGUUGACGCAUCACUUCCACUUGACCGACAAGGGUGGUAUCAUGGAACGUUGUCGCGCGUUGAAGCCGAGAGUUUACUUAGAGAUGCAGAAGAAGGCGCUUUCUUAGUUAGGAAUAGUGAAUCUGCCAAACACGAUUAUUCGCUAAGUUUAAAAUCAACCCGUGGCUUCAUGCACAUGCGUAUUUGCCGUGGCGGCGAAGGAUACACAUUGGGAGGAGCGUCCACCGCGUUUCCAACAGUGCCAGCCCUGAUGAGACACUACGUCACAGCUCAGAGGCUACCCGUCAGAGGGGCAGAGCAUAUGGCCUUAUCCACUCCAUUGCCGGCGGUCAUGCUUUGA